UCAUCAUAAAAACUAGUUAGUUUAGGAAUGUUUCUACAUUCAAAUAAGAGCAAGAGCCCUAAAUUUCUCACGCUAAAGUUUCCACGUAGUAAACUAAAUACGAGGAAGGACAGUAAACUUACAAAAUUCAAUUCUCUUUCUUUGGUGCAAACUUGCUAUGGCCGGGAAGGAGCAUGUUGUUUCUAUGGAGGGUUUUUUCAGAAUAGAAGGCGGUGUAACAAGCAGCGGUGUCACUGAGAACGCCCAGACGUACAGCAUUUCUAUUGAAUCUGACCUGGAGGCAAGGAUUGAUGCAGUAAUGGAGGCAAAAAAAAUUUUGGCAACAUCCUCACCACCAAAGAUACAAAAGGUUAUAUUCUUGCGGCGAGAUGACAAGGAUUUCCAGAAGCUCUAUGAGCCAAGAGCAGUAUCACUCGGUCCUAUCCAUUAUGGUAGUGAGAAGUACAAGCUAGGAGAGAAGUACAAGCUUAUGUUGACAUCUGUGUUCGUCAAAGAUAGCAAAGAGAUGAUAAACGAUUUGUACAAGAAGAUUGGGGAAAAGAUCAAGGAACUGAAGGAGUGCUUCGAGAAGGAAGUGAUCGAAGGCUAUAAGGAUGACGACCUCAUUUGGUUGUUGUUGGUGGACGGCUGCGCAAUACUACAAUACAUAGACUGUGCAGCUAACAACAGCUUCGAAGAGUUGAAGAUAAAACCCGACAGCUUAGCCUUUACCCAACAGGAUUUGUUUUUGCUUGAGAACCAGCUUCCCUAUCGUCUGCUCAAUUGGUUGAUGACCUGGAGUGCGAAAGAAGACAAGUUGGGGAAAUCAAUUGACACUUACAUUGAAAAUCUCGUUACGGCACCACCUCCAGACGAUCAAUCAGCAAUUUUCAGCUGGAAAUGGCUAAGUUCGUUGUCAUGGCGUUGCUCGCAAUACUCAGAAAAAGAAGAAAGCCUUCACUCAAAGGCGAAGCGACAAGAGGACCCCAUCCAUCUUCUCGAUCUUCUGAGGACACGUCUCUUGUAUAAUCAUCAACGAAGAAACAACGGAGAGAAACCAAAUGAGAAAGGCAAAACUGCAGGGCAGUCCUAUCGCAAUGUUCAGGAGCUUCGAGCAGCAGGUAUUCUUGUGGAACGAACCAAAAAGGAAAAUAGUAGCUUGAGGGACAUUUUUUUUACCAAACUCGGUUGUUUGGGAUACCUUUGGCUUCCACCAAUAACUGUUGAUGACUCAACAAGGCCAAGGUUCUUGAACUUGAUAGCCUACGAGAUGUGUCUAGAUUUCCAAAAUGACUUUGCGAUCACCUCUUACAUAUCCUUCCUCGAUUCACUGAUUGAUGAACCCAGCGAUGUUAAGAUGCUAAGGAAUGCAGGAAUACUCUACAACUACCUUGGCAGCGAUGAUGAAGUGGCUCAAGUCUUCAAUAAGAUAGGUACCGACUUGGUGCCUAACAUUGAAAUAUACAGUGAAGUCAAAUCACAAAUUCAGGACCUCUACAAGAAGCAGGGUAGGACCUGGAUAGCUCAAGUCUUUCACGAACAUUUCAGUAGUCCCUGGACGCUCACGGCCUUCUUUGGCGCAUUGUUAGUACUUGCUCUAACUAUCAUUCAGACUUGGUAUGCUGUCGACUCUUCCUGCGAUAACUUAUGCAAGAAAUUGACACCAGACAAAAUAUGCAAAAGCUAAAAUUUUAUUUGCUGUUCUCUUACCAAGUGUGUCUAGCUAGCUGAGAAUUACGUGGUUUCUACGCCUUUCAGACCACUGUUUCCAAAUAAUAAGGCCUUAGGGAUUCUAUGAUAAAAAAUAAUUAGUACUGCACAUUUUCACGUACAAUUUGUCACAAUAUGAAUGGUUGUUUGUCACUAUUACUAUAUUACAUGGAUCCACUAUUUUUUUCUACUAUUCAUAAUUUAUUAUAUAGUACAGUUGUGACAAAAUAUGUGUGAAAAUGCAUAGUACUAACAUUAUUGUUGUAUGAGUCAUGAUUUCCAUGGGUUUUUCCC